GUUCUCAACCUUGUUAUCGUUUCCUUACACUGAACCCUUUGGUCCACUCAAAACCCUAACCUAGAUUUUUUUUUUCUUCCGCCUUCCGAACGCGUUCAAUUAGCCAAUCCUUUUUUUUCAUAAUCUGGAAUCUGAAAACAUUAUUAUUAUCGCUUCUUCUGAGUGCUACUCCUCAGUUCGGGUAGAGUCAGUGACGAUGUCUUGGGCUGGUCCUGAAGAUAUAUAUCUUUCAACUUCACUCGCCAGCUACCUUGAUAGAAAGAUACUUGUGCUCCUUAGAGAUGGUAGAAAGCUAAUGGGAACGCUCUGUUCCUUUGAUCAAUUCGCCAAUGCGGUUUUAGAAGGUGCUUGCGAGAGGGUAAUUGUUGGUGAGCAAUACUGCGACAUUCCUUUAGGCCUAUAUGUUAUCCGUGGAGAGAAUGUUGUUCUGAUCGGUGACCUUGACACUGAGAGAGAGGAGCUUCCUCCACAUAUGAUUCGCGUCUCAGAGACAGAGAUUAAAAGGGCGCAAAAGGUGGAGAGGGAAGCGAGUGAGCUGAGAGGAACAAUGAGGAAGAGAAUGGAGUUUCUUGACUUUGACUAAGCCCUGGAUUGUGCCCCUUAUUCAUUUUUUUGGCUUGAUGCUCUGCUUUGGCUCUCGCAAGUUUUAUGAGGAGCAUUUUUUUUGGUAUGUGGAUGGAGGAGAUAUGUUGAUUUAGGGGACUGAUGUAGUAGGUCUUAUUGUUUCAUUUUUGGAAGAAUAUGACAGAAUAAUCUGUGUACUUCUUGUCUUGGGAUCUAUAUUACCUUUUUACUAAACUUGUAAUGUAAGGGUUUGACAAGAAGACC